AUGGGUUCUAGCCGCCGAGAAAAAGCCUUGACCAAAUCCAUUCAGGCGGGCUUGCUUCGCGACCCAGAUAGAUUUAAAAAGACAGCAUGGGGUCGAUUCAUAGCAUUCUUUACCGUGCGCCGAAUCAAGCUCGUUCGAUUCGAGAGCGAGCUGUUCAGGAAGCUACGACGAGAAGUCUGGUCAUUCAACGAAGAUGAGUACCAAGCAAGCUUUCGCACCUCCAGCGGCCAGAAAGCCCUGAAAGCUAUAGGCGAUUUAGGAUACUCGGGUUCAUCAUUUUUCAGUACUCUCGACGGAUGCUUCGUCAUAAAAAGCAUCCCUCGACGAUUUGAAUACUCUUUUUUCGAAGCAGAUCUGCUCGAGCCAUAUUACACAUAUAUGGGGGAGAAUCCCGACUCGACAAUUGUAUGGAUUACCGACUACAUAGUCGCUCCAUAUAAGACUCUAGGAACUAUUUGCGGUUGCACGCCUGCACAUCAUAUCGUCAUGGAAAACAUACUUUGCGGUCAAGCCGAUGACCCCAAUGGUCAGAAAUGGGAGACAUACGACCUUAAGCCAAUCGACUAUUUCUACCCUGAGCGUGAUCUACUGCCUGAGUCACUCGUCAGCGAAGAUACCUUGAGCAGACUUGCAGAUACAUUCAAUGAUAAAGUACAUCUCUGGCGUAAAGACUAUGUCACUUUCUGGGAAUCUGUCAAAGCCGAUACGAAGUUUUUACAAGACGCCAACGCUGUUGACUACUCUCUGUUUCUUGUGCGGGUCCCUGCAUCUUCAAGUCCUGCUGUUUUAGGACGACAGAGCCCCUGGAGAGUCGGAAUGCCGUCCGCUGAUGGCAAAUGGAAAUAUCGUGCGGUUCUAUUGGACUUUUUCUGGGGUCGGCACAAACUUCAGGCUCAGGCAAUGUCUGGGGUGGUACAGACUUUUAAUGUUGUUGGCCGCCAAGGCCCUAUGUCUAUCACGACGACGGCAAGCGAGUAUCGUCGGAAUUUCCUCAAGAUGAUUGAAGAAAUGAUUGAAGUGCAUUGA